AUGGUUAAUCAAAUUGCUGGUUCCAAGGUUCUCCUGCUAGGCUCAGGCUUUGUCACCAAGCCUACUGUCGAAGUUCUUGACAAGGCUGACGUUCAGGUUACCGUCGCUUGCCGGACUCUCGAGAGCGCCAAGAAGCUCUGCGAAGGAUUCAAGAACACCAAGGCCAUUUCCCUCGACGUCAAUGACGACAAGGCCCUCGACAAGGCCGUGAGCCAGGCUGCCCUUGUUAUCUCGUUGAUCCCCUACACCUACCACGCCCAGGUCAUCAAGUCGGCCAUUCGCUGCAAGAAGCAUGUCGUCACCACAUCUUACGUUUCUCCCGCCAUGAUGGAGCUGGACGAGCAGUGCAAGGAGGCUGGCAUCACCGUCAUGAACGAGAUUGGUCUUGACCCUGGUAUCGACCACCUGUACGCUGUUAAGACCAUCCACGAGGUCCACUCCGAAGGUGGUAAGAUCACCGACUUCCUCUCAUACUGCGGCGGUCUCCCCGCCCCCGAGUGCUCCGACAACCCAUUGGGCUACAAGUUCUCCUGGUCCAGCCGUGGUGUCCUCCUCGCCCUCCGCAACGCCGCCAAGUUCUACAAGGACGGCCAAGAAUUCAGCGUCGCCGGCCCCGACCUCAUGGCCACCGCGAAGCCCUACUACAUCUACCCUGGCUUCGCCUUCGUCGCCUACCCCAACCGCGAUUCCUGCCCCUUCCGUGAGCGCUACGGUAUCCCCGAGGCGCAAACAGUGGUCCGCGGCACCCUCCGCUACCAGGGCUUCCCUGAGUUCAUCAAGGUCCUCGUCGACAUCGGCUUCCUUAACGACGAAGCCCGCGACUACCUCAACUCCCCCAUCCCCUGGAAGGAGGCCACCCAGAAGAUCCUCGGCGCCACCUCCACCAGCGAGAAGGACCUUGAGUGGGCCAUCCAGUCCAAGACCGCCUUCCCCAACAACGACGAGCGUGACCGCAUCAUCUCCGGUCUCCGCUGGAUUGGCCUCUUCUCCGACGAGAAGAUCACCCCACGCGGCAACCCGCUCGACACUCUCUGUGCCACCCUCGAGCAGAAGAUGCAGUACGGCCCCGAGGAGCGCGAUCUCGUUAUGCUCCAGCACAAGUUCGGCAUCGAGCACAAGGACGGCUCCAAGGAGGUCCGCACCAGCACGCUCUGCGAGUACGGUGUCCCUGGCGGUUACUCUGCCAUGGCUAAGACCGUUGGUGUUCCUUGCGGUAUUGCUGUCAAGCUGGUGCUUGAUGGUACCAUCAGCCAGAAGGGUGUCCUUGCUCCCAUGACCUGGGACAUUUGCGAGCCUCUCCUCACCACUCUCAAGAACGAUUACGGAAUUGAGAUGAUCGAGAAGACUCUGUAA